AUGCCUUCCAGGGACCCCUCUCCGAAGAAGUCUCCCACUCCCCUGGAAGAUGGCGCAGGACCGGGGCUUCUGGUGGAUUUAGCGGAUGAUACUGUCACCAAUCCUGCUGCCCAACCAUGGAAGCAUGUCACCCACCGUAGGCCAAAUGGAGGGAAGCGGCCUGUGGGGGAUUCUGACUUUGACUCGGAUCUGCUGCACUCCUCUUCUUACCGGACCUCAAACCCUCUCCACACCCACCGGAGGUACCACAGUGACUACAGCUCAUCCAGUGAGCCCUCAGUAGACUCCUCAGAUCCAGACUACAGACACGCUAAGAAACCAGAGGAAGUGAGGCGGUACAGCUCCCAGGUGGCUCUCUCAGACCAUGACGGCAUGUCUCUCACCAGCCACAACACACAGAGGCACAGGUUGUAUGAAGGUGCAGCAGACAAGGGGCUGGUAGGAGCAGAGCUGAUGCUCCAGCGACAGGAGGAGGAGGUUCAAAGGAUCCAGGCUUACCUGGAUAACAGGCUGUCCCAAGCCUCCCUCUACCCAGGGGAUGACCGCCGUACCUCAGGCCUCUUUCCCGGAGAUGAGCCCCUGGCCCUGGCACACAACUCCAUGCUGGACCUCCGAGACCCUCUUAAUGCCACACUACCACACCAUUGCAACCCUAGGAAUUUCUUUGGUCCUGAAUUUGUGAAGAUGACGAAUGAGCCAUGUGUUCCCUUAACUGUUCCUUCUUCAAUAAUGAACAAGCAUUGGAAGCUGGAGGAGGUCCAGAGGAAGGUGGGGGUGGUUCUGCUGAAUGGCCAGAAGCUGGAGCUGAGCUGUGACGUCAAGGCUGUGUGUAAGGACGUACUGGACAUGGUGGUGGCUCAUGUUGGACUAGUGGAGCACCAUCUCUUCGGCCUGGCCUGCCUCAAAGAUAUUGAGUUUUUCUUCAUUGAUCCUGAUGCCAAGCUGUCCAAAGUGGCUCCCGAGGGGUGGAAGGACAAACCCAAGAAGAAGAAACCACACAUCCAGUUCAAUCUGUUCCUACGCAUUAAGUUCUUCCUGGAUGAUGUCCACUUCAUACAGCACACCAUGACGAAACACCAGUACUACUUGCAGCUGAGCAAGGAUAUCUUGGAGGAGAGGAUGCGCUGUGACAUGGAGAAUGCCAUGCUCCUGGCAUCCCUCGCACUGCAGGCAGAGUUCGGUGACUACAAAGCAGAGCUCCAUGGAAAUAUGUACUUCAGGCUUGAACAUGACCUGUCUGCCUCUGUACUGGAUAAGAUUGACCAGAGCUCCAUCAAGGAAGAACUGCCCAAACUACACAGCACAUACUACGGUGCCACCGAGGCAGAGACAGAGUUUGAGUUCCUCAAGGUGAGCCAGAGGCUGACAGAGUACGGAGUUCACUUCCACCGCGUCCUCCCUGAGAAGUGGUCCCAGACAGGCAUCAUGCUAGGGGUGUACUCCAAGGGUGUGCUCAUCUUUGAGGUCCUGAAUGGAAACAGAACCCCUGUAUUAAGGUUCCCCUGGAGAGAAACCAAGAAGAUCUCCUUCACUAAGAAGAAGAUCUGCCUUCAGAACACGUCAGAUGGGAUCAAACACCUGUUCCAGACAGACAGCAACAAGACCUGUUAGUAUCUGCUGCACCUCUGCUCUGCUCAGCACAAACUCCACCUCCAGAUGAAGGCCCGACAGAACAACCAGGAGCUGCAGGACCUAGAGAAUUCUCCACUCAUCAGCCUGCAGUAUUCUCUGGGCCCUGGUGGGGUGGAGAGGAUGGGGAGGGCAGUGAGCUCUGCCAGCCUGGCCCCUAGCUCCUCAGCUCGCUCCGCCUGCUCAGACAGACCACCUGAAGAGGAUCUCUUACUCAGACGUGGCCCUGAACAAGGCCCCUGUGAACCACCACCACUCCAAUACCCGGCUGAUGAUGAGCAGAUCACACCACAACCUGGGCCAGGUAUGGUGCCUGAGUCUCCAGAGCACAGGGCCUUCUCCUCCAACAGCCAGUCCCAGGCUGCUCUGAACCAUGCCCGUGCCAGCUCUGACACAGGCUCAAUCUCUGUGGUACACCAGCAGGAAACAGUUUUUGGCUCCUUAGCGUCCCACGGCAGCCCCAGCCCUGCCUGGAGUCUCAAGAGGUUCCAGAAAGAGUCUGACGACUCCUUCAUCGACGAGACAGGACAUGCCUGUGUCGUAGGGUUGAGCAUGCACAGCUCUGGGUUGCCCUCAAUGCAUCCCUCUCUAACUAGUGUUAAUGGUAGCUUGAAAGAUAAGCUGAAUGCCUUGCCGUCCCCAGAGAGAGAGAUUACCGCGGUGAAUCUGAAGAACGAUGUGAAGUAUGGCCUGGGGUUUCAGAUGGUUGGAGGGGAGAAUUCAGGUUGUGUGGAUCUGGGGACCUUCAUCAGCUCCAUAACUCCUGGGGGUCCUGCUGAUGUCAACUGCUACCUCAAGCCAGGGAACCGUCUGAUCUCUGUGAAUGAGGUGAACCUAUAGGGCCUUCCCCACAAUGCUGCCAUCGAUAUCCUACAGACUGCUUCAGAUGACAUCACACUGGUGGUGUCCCAGCCCAGAGAGAGGCUAUUCGAAAGGUUUGUUCCAUAUAAACCACAGGCUCCCCUGGCGGUCUCCAGCCAUAGACAACAGGACCUGGAUUUUGAGUCAUCAUCUGAGGAACAGGAGGGCAGCCUCAGCUCACAGGACUCCAGCACCGAGAGCACCAAUGCACCCCUCCAGACCCCAGUCAACAGCACCCACCCCCAUCGCACCCUGCCCGCUUCAGUACCUGUAUCCAUACUCCAUCACCAGGACCGGACCAUCAACAUCGCACCCAUCGAAACAGCUCCACCAGUGUUGCCACCCAAAACCAGGAAAGCUAAGAUCCUUGAGGUCCCUAAAGAUCCGGAUUAUUCAGAUAGAGGAGACUCUGAUAUGGAUGAGGAGACGUACUCUAGUAGUCAAGAGAAACAAAAGCUUAAAAAGGUAGGCGCUGGUGUGUAUUCUGACAGGAGGUUAAGUGGUAAUGUCCCGGGGGUCAGUAGUCUCUCUCCAGGAGAUCUAUUUGACAUUGAGCUGUCUAAAAAGGACAGCAGCCUGGGCAUAAGUGUCAUGGGUGGAGUGAACACUAGUGUGAGGCAUGGAGGGGUUUAUGUGAAGGCCAUCAUCCCUAAAGGAGCCGCAGAACUGGACGGAAGGAUCCAGAAGGGUGACAGAGUGGUGGCUGUCAAUGGGAAGAGUUUGGAAGGAGCUACUCACAAACAGGCUGUGGAGACCCUGAGAGACACUGGACAGGAGGUGAUCUCAGCGCUGCGAGGGACAGGUCAGGAGGUGACUCUGCUGCUCUGUAGACCUGACCAGGGGGUCUUACCAGAGAGGAACACCAGCACAUCUUCUCCCAUGGCAUCGCCACGUAAGGAACCAGUGGUCCAGCAGCAGCUUGACCCCAUCUCCAGCCUGUCCCUGCCCAGGACAGCCUCUCCUGUGGGGUCUGAGGGGAAGAGGAGCCUGGGUCUGGGGCCGGUGGAGGAAGCUCUGGAGAGUCUGCUCAUGAAGUCCCCCAGCAGACGGGACAGCUACAGCGACAGUACUGAAGAUGAGGAGGUGGAGGAGGCCUUCAGCGCUUCUCUGGAGCAGGGCCGACAAGCCUGGGACCAUAGUAUCUACCAGGCCCCCAGCAGUUACCUCGCUCUGGGAAGGCUCAGCCAGUACGAGACCCCCUGUGAGCUGGACCUGGAUGACACCAUCGACUCUGCCUACUCCCCCAACCUGUCACUGUCCAACCGGUCGGACCUCAGCAGAAGGUGUCCCUCCUCCUCCCCUCUGGCUCAUGACCUGGACACCACUCCUCAGUCCAUGGUAUUAUCUCCAGAAGUCCCCAGCCCCGACCCCCUGCCUUCCCCUCUACCACUUCCCCUCAACCUUAUCCACACCGUGCCCGACAAUGUAAAAGAUGUGGACGAGUUUGUGCCGGAUGUGGAGCUGAAAGUGUCCCUGGUGAAGUCUGAAAAAGGAAGCCUGGGGUUUACUGUGACCAAAGCAAACGACCUGGGCUGUUACAUCCAUGACAUCAUACAGGACCCAGCCAAGGGAGACGGCGGAUUGAGGGCCGGGGAUCAAAUGAUAAUGCUACACAGGCUGGUGUUGGACGGGGGCAGUGACAGUGUGUACGGGGUGCUGUUCAUUAAGGAGGUUCUGCCAUGUUCGGCAGCGCUGCUGGAGGGCAGUCUGAGACCCUUAGAUCUGGUCCACUAUAUCAACGGAGCUCCCACUCUGGACCUGACCCUCAACGAGAGCUGCAGACUCCUGGAGAUCUCCCUCAGGAACCUCUCUAUCAAGGCCACAAGGGUUGGGAAACCAGUUUCUCCAGGCCAGAAGAGUAUUUCAUUUCUAAACAACGAUGUCUGCCCUAAAGUUUCCACCAGCAUGAACGUUAAACCGCCUGACGAAAACCCCAACACCUACCUGGCCUACCUCCCCAUCAACUCUGACAAAUGCAACGGCAACACAGACAACUAUGAUGUGGGUUCCAUGGAACGGAGGAGAGCGGGUGAGGUGGAGAACACUGUGCUGUCUGAAGACACAGACUGUGAUGGUUCAUCUCUACCAGAGGACUCUCCUGAGACUUCCCGGAAAGCCAUUUGUAAAGAGGAAAGUGUAGACGACCCACUGAAUGAGAGCUACCUGCAAAAGACUUCAGAGCAGCCAGAGGAAGAUGAGAUAACGUGGGGAAGUGACGAGCUGCCAAUAGAGAACAUGAACUCCAAAUGCACUGACGACGGGCCCAUCAUCACAGAAGAUGAGCUGACGUCUCUGCCCCUGGUGAAGGUGGUCCCUAACGGGCAGUACACUGGGCCCAAACUCAACACCGUGGUACGCAUGCUGCGGGGCCUGCUCAAACAGAAGAUCCCUUUGCAGGAGUUUGAGAAUCUGCAGAACCUUCAGCCGCUGGAUGACUGUCUAAUUGGCCAGACAAAGGAAAAUAAUAAGAAGAAUCGCUACAAGAACAUUGUCCCCUUUGACACCACUAGAGUGAUCCUGGGUAAAGAUGGUGGCUACAUAAACGCUAACUUUAUCAACAUGCCAGUGAAAGAUGAGAACUUCAUGUACAUCGCUUGUCAAGGACCCCUACCCACCACUCUGGGUGACUUCUGGCAGAUGGUCUGGGAGCAGAAAUCGAAGGUCAUCGCCAUGAUGACCCAGGACGUGGAAAGGGGAAAGGUCAAAUGUCAACGGUACUGGCCCAACACCCCGCGGAUGGCUGAUAUGGUGGGCGAACGCCUGCAGAUCACCCUGGUCAAGGAUCAGCACCUGGACAACUUUGUUAUACGUCUCAUCGAGGUCAAAGAUAUCCAGACUGAAGAGAUUCAACACGUCACCCACCUGAACUACACUGGUUGGCCAGACCACGGAACCCCCUCGCAGCCCUCGCAGCUGCUGACAUUUAUAUCCUACAUGAGGCACAUCCACCAAUCAGGAGCCAUUAUCACGCACUGCAGUGCAGGCAUUGGCCGUUCCGGAACCCUCAUUUGCAUAGACGUGGUACUAGGCCUCAUCAGUAAAUAUGCUGACUUUGAUAUUUCAGAUGUGGUACGUAACAUGAGGCUGCAGAGACAAGGAAUGGUACAAACAGAGGAACAAUACAUAUUCUGCUAUCAAAUGAUCUUAUACGUGUUGCGAUGUCUUCAAGCAGAGGAGAACAUCUCAGGAUAGCAACCUUUAAAGUCACAAUGCUGCACAAUAAUAUAAUCUCCAGCUGGUGAGAGCAGAACAAUGAUGGAGAUUGGAGAGUUCACACACGACCUUUAAGACAGAACAGAACCAAGCAGUUGUUGCUGUGGGUUUACAAACCACUGCUCAUCGUUCAAUAAUUGCCAUAAAACAUUUUGGACUAGUUUCCUGGAUCCAGAUUAAGCCUAUUCCUGGACUAAAAAGCAUGUUCAAUGAAAGCGUUCCAUUGAAAGUGCUUCAGUCCAGGGCAAGGCUUAAUAUGUGUCCAGGAAACCAUCCUCUUGUUUCAUGAAAGUAAAUCUUACAGGAGUUUAUUUGAGUUUUCUUUGGCUGCUACCCCUUCUCUUAAUGCAUACACAAGAAUGAACGGUUGAUUUGAUGUCUUAUCUACAUGAAAACAAUGCUUUUUAUAGAAUCAAGAAUAUUAUGAAAUAACUAUGAAAGUUGAUUAAUGAAUUCAUAUUUUAAAUGUGGAACAAAAUCAUGUGUAUUUUAAAGCUAUUUUGAUGCUGGAAGUUGCCUUGACAGAAUACGACGACAGUAUUUGCAUUGUAGAUCUUAUUAUUACGGUAAUUGCUGACUGCUGCCAGUGGUAAUCAAUGACAUUAUUAAAGCGUACAUAUUAAUCUCUUGAGAACUGUGGAUAUGUUUUAAUGUUACAACAUGAACAUUUUCCAUUUGUAAAUAAAAGAGUCAAACGUU